UGUGACUCAACUCGUUAUUAUUAUUUUUCGUCUGCAAAUGUUGUCGAAUUUCAACCCAAGGCGGGAAAUAAAUUAUACUUUCGAUAAUUCCUAUAUUUUGUUUAUUCUUUUUUGACAAUGUACCUAUGAAGUUUCAUCUGCUACGUGAAUUCAUUUAAAAUAUUUCUAUCAUGAAAAUUUUCGUGAAAGAUGUCUUGUCUAAUCGGAUCUUCUAAUGUUAAAAUUUUUGGAAAAGCUUUUCAUGCCUUGUCAAAAAUAGCAGAUGAUUUAUAUAUAGAAGCACUUCCUUCUGGUUUGGUGUUUCAUACUGUAAAUUCUUCUAAGUCAGCAUAUGCUUGUUUUACUUUUAAAACAGACUUCUUCAUUUCAUAUAAAGACAAUGCCAUUGAGAAACGAAAAAUUUUGUUAAAAUCUUGUUUGAUGGCUUUUCGUUCCCUUCCCAACUUAGAGAAAAAUGUAGAAAAAUGUUUAUUUGAUAUAUCAAGUGCUGCUGACUACUUACUUCUGAAAUUUUUUUGCAAACAUAGUAUGAUAAAGGUAUAUCAGUUGAACUAUGUUGAAAAUGAAACUGUACAAGGAUCCUUUCCUACUAGUGGAUUUACUUGCAAACUAACCGCCCCUUCUCGUUUGCUGUUAGAUAGUAUUCAAAAUUUUAGUACAGCAGUUGAAGAGAUUACUUUAACAGUGGGUUCAAAUAAAGUUUUUUUGAAAAAUUAUGUAGAUGAUGAACCAGAUCCCAACAAAGUAGUGCAUACUGAAAUGACUUUGGAAUCUGAAGAAUUUGAUCUCUUUGAAGUGGAAGAAGAAACUAAAAUAACAUUUUGUUUGAAAGAAUUGAAGGCCAUUUUGAACUUUUGUGAAGGGUUCAGUGUUCCUGUUGCAAUAAAAUGUCAGUCUCCUGGAAGACCAGUAAACUUCAGUAUUAAUGGAUUACGAGGAGUGGAUGUUCAGUUUGUUUUAGCCACUUUAGCUGAUCGUGACACCCAGUUAAUAACUUCAAGUGGUUCUGUGUUUAGAACGUCAGUUGCACAAAACUCUCAGCAUGUUGAUAAAGUAUCCACUUUGAAUGAAAAACUUGAGGCUUCUCCAAGUCUGCCGCCUGCAAGCAAUACAGCAAGUAGCAGUUCAAAGGAUAAUUCUAUUCCUAAGUUACCUUAUGAAAAACCAAAAUUCUCAAUGUUACUUUCUGAUGAAGAAGAUGAUGAUUUAACAUCCUCUAUUAGUUUAUGCCAAGCUGUAGUUGAUGAAGGAGAUGAUGAUAUGGUACCAUCUUCACCACCAAAUAAAAAAGGCUAUCUCAAGAUACUUAUACAUCUAUGGCUCCAGAUCCAGAUGAAGUUCUUGUUCCAAAUAGUGAUGAUGAAGGAUAAAUCAAUCAUUUUUAAUUUAUAUACAUAUUGUUGGAAACAUUUUGAUAAAGCUAUUGUAAAAAUAUUGAUAUUUGUACAUAUAUUUUUAUAUCCUUUCACUUCUUAUGCAAUGUAUGUUUUUAACUACAGUGCCAGUGUGCUGGUACAUUUUGAUCUGAAGGUGAUAAUGAAUGAAAUUUUAGUGACAUUAAACUCUAGCAUCAUUGAUUUGAUUUUACCUUAUUAACUGUUUUAUCACUAAAAUACCUCUAAAUUUUAUAAAGAAUCCUACCCUGGGUGGGUUUUUUAAAAAAUCGCCUAUUAUAGCAUUUCUUUUUAAAUUUUAAUUUUUAUUUAUAAAGAUAG